UACUAUUUGUAAAGUUACCGAUAGCUGUUUCAACGUCGUCAUUCUACAUUCGGAUGGUUCACUUCAAGAAGAUGACUAGUUGGUUAGUUGGUUGGUUGGGAAACAUUCCACUUUGUAAUUACGGAUAAAGCUGAUUCCUUAUGGCUAGUUUUGUAACUAGUAAAAGAGACUUUCGAGCUAGAGCACAUAGCAAUCCUCUCAAUGAUGCCGAGUUUCUGGUGCCUGAGGAUCCUCUUCGUUUUGAUUGGUCACCUUUUAUUCCUGAUGUAGGCAGUCAUCCUAUUGACUAUGUCGAUUUAGGUUGUGGUUAUGGUGGCUUAUUGUGUGAGCUAUCCAUUGCGUUUCCAAACAAGUAUAUGUUGGGUAUGGAGAUUCGAGAUAGAGUAGCUUCUUAUUGUGUCACCAAGUUGGAAGAGUUGCGUCGUUUGAAUAGCAAAGGAUAUCGAAAUAUUGGCUUUAUUCGAACCAAUUGUAUGAAAUUCUUACCAUUUUAUUUUCCUCCGUCGAGUGUAGAAAAGUUUUUCAUAUGUUUUCCUGAUCCUCACUUCAAGAAGAAGAAACAUCGUCAACGUUUGGUGAGUUUAAGGUUUUUAUCAGAAGCUGCCUAUUGUUUACGACCAGGUGGUAUGAUUUAUAUAGUAACUGAUGUGGAGGAAUUAUUUGCGUGGAUGACCAAUUUGUUCGCACAACAUCCUUUGUUUUUGACGAUGGACAAAGAACUUGUGAAGCAACAAGAUGUUCUUCUUCCUUAUCUAUUGAAUCAUACGGAUGAAGCUCAAAGAAUGAAACGUCGAGGACAAGACACUCCAUAUUGGAAUGUCUUUCAACGAAAAACUGUGUUUUGUUAGGAAAACCGAAAUAGAGAUAUAUGC